AAAAGGUAUCACAUCCCAUGGACGGGAGCCUGGCAGUGCGGCUCGGCACGAUAUCCUAGGUACCUAAGUUAGUACUUUCCCGUCCUUCUAUCAGACGGCAAUCAUUGUAUAGCAAUGCCAGCAGUUACGAAAAUAAAUAAGUAAAUACACUUGGCCACCAUCAUGCUUAGUUUUCCAUCAAGUUUUAUCUUUUCCUCAAGGCUUCUCUUCAGUAUUGCCACGCACGAAGAUGAAAGGCAUGCUUCCUCACUCGAGCCUGUUCGCUAGCGGCGAUCAUCGUGCCGCGACAGCGGGACUUAGCCCGGCGUCCUUCAAUGAGGCAGAGCCUACGCAUCUUCAUGAUGUGGACAUAUAUGUAUGGGAAAUUUCUUAUCAGUCAGCUACUGCUACCCAUAAUGACACUCCAACACCUUUUGUUGCGUAUUUGGGCUCAUACGCCUCUUCUCCAUCUGCCACAGACUCUAGUCCUUCGUCGCACCCCCGGCAGCCUCAAUCACCAAAUGAAGACAACAGCCAGCAUAGCUCUGUCUCGCCAAUAAUGCCCGGAACCAUCGACUCUCGACUCGCAAAUGCGGCUCCUGAGGACUUCCAGCCAGCUCAUGAUCAGGACAUUAGGCGAACUUUGUGUCCGGAGUGUCGCUCCUACACCAGCAAACGCACGUUUAAUAUGAAUCGACAUCGAAAGGCAUGUCACAAGAAGGGUACAAGUGGUCGAUCAAAAGGGACAGAGAAUUCAAGAUCAAGAGUAUCUAGCGCAACGCUGUUUCGAGAUUGACGUGAGAGCCUGGAGGGCGAAUGACAGACUCAACAGGCAAACGAAGAAAAGCGAAGGGCGAAGACAGGUUGCGACAUAAGAACUCGGCAGUAUGGUUGCAAACGCGAUUGCUUAUUUAUUUAUUUCUCUCAUUAUGAUAAAGUAGCGUAGCGCUGGUGUACCUUGCGGUGAACUGGCAAAUUGUAUGAAUAGUUGGAUACUCAAUUGAUGACAUUACAUGGG